AUGGGUAAACAUCAGGUUUGAAUGUAGUUUGAGUGUUUAACGAAGUUUAAGUGUUUUGAAUACAAUUCAUUGAAUUAUAAACCGUAACUUAUUAGUGUCUCAAAAAAAUUGAAUUUUAGAAAUCCACCUUUUUGUUAUAAUUUGAAUGUCUAUACUGAACCCAUUUACCUCUUCUAGUCUUCUGAGAACUUCCAAAUUUGAAAAUGAAAAUCUCUGUUUUUCUUGCCCACAGAUAGUAGACCACUGCUGCAAAAAGAAUAUCCCAAAGUUCAGAGGACUUCAGAUAAUGACGAGAAACAAGUGAUAGAAAAACUGAAAGCAAGUCUUCUUAGAUUAAACAGCAACAGUAUAUCUUCUCUUGGUAUGUAUAUUCUUUGUUUGCAAUGACGUAAUUUUGGGAUUUCAGUUGACGGGCAGGUAUAACAAAAAACGGCUAGAGACAGUUCAAUACUCAAAAGAUGAAUUACUGUUCAGUUUUUCUUGUACAACCAUUCUGAUAUAGGAGAAAAAGCGUCCACAAGUUAUUUGAUUGCCACAGCAUGUGGCACGGCUAGUCAAGUACAAACGUAAAAACGCACAAGUUGUGACAAACCUACAGCAGACUUGUAGCAAUGCAUAUACUGUCCCAACAACUUGUCAAUACGAUGUGUUGACUUGUUGACAAGUUAUCAACGGCUUGUGGACAACUUGCUACAAGGUUGUUGAUUUAACAGGCUUGUAACAAGUUCUUCCCACAACUUGUUAUCGUCCCGCAAUUCAACAACUUGAUAAGUUGUGAGUAAAGUUGUGAGUGACAACCUUGUAGCAACUUGAUAAAAUAACAAUAUUGUCACAACUUGUUGACAAGCUUGCUACAAGCCUGUUGCGAACACAUCUUGUUGUCAAAUUGUGAGAUUUUUGCGUGGGUACACCGAAUUGGGCAGACCAUUCUUCUUUCUUUGUAUUUGUGGAAAGAUCUGGGUCAAAUUUGGAAGAAAUCUGGCCAAAAUGUACUUCCUUUUCAUUUAAUCCAAUUUGCCGUAUAGACCGGCAGAAACCCACAAAAGUUUUGCUUUGUAUGCAUUUAGAAAUUUGACCGACUACACACAUAAAAACACGCAAGUCUGUUACAGAUAGGCAAACAAGUUGUAACGUGGUUGUUGUCAAACCGAUAUCAGGGUGUGUUCGCGCUGCUUGUCGCCAGCCCAGUUGUUGUAACAAGUCUGGAACAGGUUGUUACCACCGUGUUACAAGGGUGAUGAUGGUAGCAGACUUGCUACAAGUUGUUCCAACAAGACUAAUGCAGGCUGUUCCUAACAAGUUACUACGAGAUUCACCUUCUUAACAACAUGUUCAGGGGCUAGUUGUAUAAAAAUUAGUUAAAUGCAACCACAGUUAGAGCAAAAGUUAACCAACCAGAAUCACGUAUUUGAGAGUUUACUACUAUUUAACUACAAAAUGGACAGUUAAGAAGACUUUUAUACAGCUCGCCCGAGACUCGUUGACACAGAUUGUUAUGAGCCUGUUAACUUUGUAACGAGAUGGUAACAACUUGUCCCAGACUUGUCAACAACUGCAUGGGAGCAAGCAAGCAAUGCGAACGCAUCGUGUUGGCAAACUGUGAAAUUUUUACGCGUGUAAUCUGGCCGAUCGUGUGAGUGAAAAAUUGCCUACGACUUUUUAAUCUGGCCUUUACAAAUGAAGAAAAAUAGCGCUUUGAAACAACAUGGUAAUCUUCUUUUCAAGGUAAUUACAAUCCAGAUGAAGUAUUUGAGAACAUUAAGAGUAUAUUAAAAUUGCUGAUUAACUAUCCAAUGACAUUGGCGGACCCAUCAGCGGACGCGGGCGAGGGCAAGUCGAGUGGUUUAAUAUUGAGUAAACGCCAAACACUCGUGCAAGAUAGUCUUGCUGAUACUCAAUCGCUGAGAAGUUCAUGUGGUGAAAUCGCGAAUGAACAACCGAUCGUGCCACAAUGUCAAACAACUAGCCGACUUCCGGCGUUUGCUCUCGAGGCUGCAAAAAGUACUGGAACGAAUAGCAAUAAAUCUCUCGCCAAAUCUGGUAUCCCACUAAUCGAAGAGAAUAACGUUCCGACUUCUGAACACGUAAAAUCAAGUGUCACAAAUAAAAUCCGCGAGUUUUUAGAUUCAAGUUCCGGAGAGGAUAAUGUGUUGCCUAGCAGGUCUCAACGCUUGGCAAAGAAAAUACCUGACUCAAAACAAUCUCUAAGCUCGAGCUCAACAGACGACGAACGGAAUACUAAGACGAAGCCGGGCAUGAAACCUACGUCGGAAUAUUAUAACGAGUCACCGACUAACUUAAUUACACCCGACCCGUCAUCUACGAGCUCAAUGAAGUACCAACCUGAACGUUCGUCGUCAACUGCUAGCGAUACAAUUGGAUUCAGACAGAUUGAAAGUAAUAAUGAUGACUUUCCCGUUCAACAGGACAGGCAAAAACGUCACUCAAAUGAUGAAACGACAAUUCCCAAAACAAAACAAUAUACGUCAGGGAUUCCUAGCACUAAUGGCUCGUCACAUUUGACUGCUUCAAUGCGACCAGCAUCCGAACCUCUGCCAAGAGCUAGUUUUGUCAAUAAAGCUACCCUAUCGCGUAUCAGUCCCGAGGAGAACGCUUACUCGUCACGGGACGACAAUAGCAUGAUUCAUCCUUUGGUAGAAUUACCAAAUUCAUUGAAACAGUGUUCAGGAAAAGAAGUUAUACAUGUGAUUGACAAGCAAAACGUUGUUGGUAGACGUGAUGACAGUGUCACCCGAAGCUCCUGUUGGAGCGGAGUGGAGAAUGGCGAACAAGUACCGCUUUCCUCCACGGUUAACGCAACGUCAGAAUGCGUACCACUGUACAGUGACACUAUUGGACAAAGUUCGUGCAAGUUGCAUUCAUCGCGCAGGCCAGCGCAUGGUGAUUCUCUCCUAUCCUUGUCGCGUAGCACCAGUUUGAAGGUCUCCGAAACAAGGCGUUUAUCACCAAGCUCCAGUGAUCAGGAAGUGGCAGGUAUUCUGGGGAAAGACGUCCAUAGAGGUAACGGAGAUACCACACAGAUAUACGACCUGUUAAAUAAUUUGAAUCAACAGAACUCUACAACUGGUAGCUAUUCUUACUUUCCGUUGUCACCAAGUAAUGUGAACACCGCAUCACUGGAGCUGCAAGAGCUGACUAUAAACAAUAAUCUGGCAAGUGCGGAAGGGAAUUCUUAUUCACAAAGCACUACGUCUUCUCCUCGCUCCUAUGCGGAUAUUCCGUACCCUAUUUUAAACGCGGGAGGAAUGCCGUCGCCACGUCUGUUUUCGCGAGAGAUAGAAGACAGAGAGUGCCCUUUACCAGCGAGCAAGCAAACAAUGCCAAAUCAACAUCCACAGAGCUCUCUCAACGUGAACAGAGAAAUAAAAAGUACACCUUCUGCACGCAACGUAGAUGACAAGAGGACGAAGUUGCCAAACGAACAUAAACAGUAUACGUUUCCUCAACAAGAUAUGGAGGGGAUGAAAACAAAAGAGCAUUCUUUAUCCAACCAAACACUGCUCGACCAGCCUAUACCCUGGAGUUCCCUCAAUGGAAAUUUUCAGCAUAACAAGAAAUUGUCCAAUGUGAAUUCGCAAAAUAUACUAGAUAUCUCGGAACCAAAGGUCUCGGAACAGCGGCAGCACUCGUCCAACCAACUAAGUCAAGCAUCAUUCCACAAUUCAUGGCCAACUGAAACAGCUGCUUCCAAUAAGGGAUACGAUUUUUCAUCACAGUCUGUAAGUAAUACACAACUGCCGAAAGCUCAACCCACAUUGCUACAAAAACAUUGGGCAUUGGACCAAACAGAUAAGCUUGAUAACAUAGGUCAAGGAAAUCUACACAUACCUGUAGAUAAUAAUACCACCCAAGGUCGUAAUUUGUUGCCGUCACCAUUAAGUAUAAAAACGAGAGAUGUUGUUAACCAUUCUCCUUGGGAGUUACGAAAUGGAAGCCAUUCUUCAAACUCAACCCCGCAAUCUCAAGCGGACUCUUUAAUUGCCGCUAAAGAUAAUAUCGUGAGUUCCACUGGAGCAACCCUAUCACCGAAUGGCGAAUUAAAUUCACAAACUAAAAAUACGAGUUUGUCUCCUUCCGUACAGCACCUAUUUGAUAGUUUUCGCACAAACGACGUCAAUGGUCGAAAAAUGGUAGAAAAAAAGCCUAUUGGAAACGGCACUUCCACAGUUUUGACAAAUGAAAAGGGUAUAAAGUUUCCUGGCCGACGAGUCCUUGCACCAUCGUUUUCGUUUUCAUUUCCAAUGAAAAAUCAAGGAGGUAAGAUCGAGACGCAUUUCAGUAAUGACAGACAUAAGCCUACUGUGGAAUCUUCCAUUAGUAACGUCCCCGUGAAUAAGACAGUGAAAUCCCAAAGUAAGAAAACAGCUGAUGUUAUGGUUAAUGACAGUGCCAUUGUGAGCAUAUCAAUGAACGACAGUGGAAAAUCAGCAUUUGGUAUGUCGGAAUUUGAUUUAGGUUUUGAAGACAAUGAUACCUCGAGAUCACCAGUGGUCGAUCCUGUAUCUGAAUCAAGAAAGAGCUUGCUGGAUUCCAGAUGCCCAAGUGAUGACACUGAAACCAUUAAACUGAAGGUAAAAUAUUGUUUGUUUUCGUGGAUAAAUAGAAUAGAAUAGAAUAGAAUAGGAGUUAUUAUCGCAACGAAAGUGCUGCCUCAAGGGAUCAAAGGCAGCGUGCACAAUUUGCUUAAUGAAGGGCUGCUCACAUGAUCCCACUUUUCCAGGACGAGAUGUGAGGCGGGAUUAUUUUAAUGUAUUGAAAUAAGUUAAGGUGCACGAUUCAGCAAAAAACUUCAUUAUUUUCUAGAGAUAGAUUAUAAUUGACUGUAAACGAAAUGUUUUUCAAGUAGCAAUAAUAAUCUUCUUGAACUACGAGAUCUUCUCUACAACAUUUGAGUUCUGUUAACCAGUAUUUGAACUUUCGUUUAGCCUAAAGUGACUUACAUGUAUUUCAAUACAUCAAAAUCACCCCACCUUCCAACAUGUAAACAGCCCCUAAGGCGCCUGUUCAGGAGGUAGGAAAAGUGCAAUUUGAAUGUCGAACACCUUGCACAAAGUUGAUGGUCAGCUAAAUAUUCUACUUCUACUUUCUAAUUGGCAUGGGCGGUUUUAUAUGAAUACCUUCAAUAUUUAUAAUUUCUUGCUUUUGUAUUAUAAUUAUAAUACUGUCAGUGGCGAAGCUGGCCAUAGCAACAGGUCAUGCUAUGAGAAUUUUUAGUUAUUUACAUUAUUCUUUAUUAGCAUAGCAUGACCAGUUGUCUUGGCUAGCUUGCCACUGAAUACUGUAUAUAUCAUAUAUAGAAAUACCAAGUCAGUUUUCGUCCCAAUUAUCGUUUGGAUAGCGACACGCUUAUGAUUUUUCUUUGUGUUUUCCUCAUGAAUUAUUAAUGAGUUUUUGAAUAAUAUAUGCAAUCCACACUGAGUUGCUAUAGGAAUCUUAUUAAGCCUGGUUAUUAAUUAUUAAAGACGUGCAUAAAUGACAUUCCGGGUUUGUUUUUAAAACGUGUUGAAAGCACAUUGCUAUAAACAUAUAGAAUGAACACUAUAAACUGAUAAUUGACUCCUUGUAUGCACAAGACGAUCAGUGGGGCUAUUAAAACUGCUGAUAAAUUCAUAAAAUCAUUUUGUUUCAUCACCUCUAUCGAACACUAAAUAGCAGAUCUAUAUUUAAAUGCCUUCAUGUAUAUCACAGGGAAGAAAUUAAGCCAUUCUUAACUGAUUUAUUCAAAAUAUUGUCGAUCGUUUGCACCGUGAAAAUCCAACAUACUGCAUGCAUGUAAAUAAACUUGUAACUGAAAUCCUGAGAAGAAUAUGCGUGCGCAAUACAAAAUAAAGUUUGACUGCCCCCCCCCCCGCCCCCCUCCCUCGUUUGACGUCCUAAAGCUUAAUUAUUUCCCCGAAAUUGCGACAAACAUCUUUACAUACAUACAUACACACAUACAGACAAGGGUGGGUAGUAGCGAAGUAGUAGUAGUUCGCUACUGUAGCGAACUACAAUUUUCAAGUAGCCAGUAGUUUUUGACUACUUUUUUAAAACAAUAGUUGUAGUUAUAGCGAACUACAUUUUGCCUAAAAGUAGCCAAAUAGUUGACUACUUUUCAAACAGCGAAUCGCUAUUCGCUACUUUUUAAAAUUGUUAGCAACCGUUCAUAGAAUAGAAUGAUAUUAAGACACGGUUUGCUUAAAAGAUUAUUUUAUACAGUAAAGAUUAUUUUAGCGCAAUGAAAAGUGGCACUCCUGAACACUGUAGGGCUUACAAAAAUGUUGCUUUGACCCAUGUUUGACCCUUUUUGUUUACCGUUGCUACUCGUGGAAACCUAACCCGGGAAAACGAAAGCAUUAGCCAAGUCUAAAGUUCAUCAAUGAGCGCGGGCGUGGGUUACCGUGAGUGGUUCGGUGGGUGGUCAUCCUCAAUGAUCUCAAAAAUAUGGCGGACUGUCAUGAAUAGCGGACACUGAUUGGUCCAAUUUAAAGUUUGCAUUAUAACGAUUGCAUGAUGACAGCGAAAUAGAAACAUUUCUUGAUGACUUGAUUUGAUGAUUGAUAAAUUUCUUGCAAAAAUAUUUCAUUUUUGCUCGCAUUUUUGCAAGAUUUUGUAAAUUUCAAAAGCUUUCUCAGAAAGAAAGGGCGAAAGAAUCGGCUAAAAGAAGGGAGCCGACGUUAACGAAGGUAAGUUUGUUUUAAAUAUUGAUUUUAUAAUUGCUUUAAAACCCGACGGCCUUUGGCCCUUUGGCUUUGCGUAUAUGCAUGAAACAACUAAACAAGACAGCAUAUAAUUUCAGUGUAUUAUUAAUAUUGAUUCCCUUUUUUAUUAUAAUGAAUUUUUUAAAUAAAAAAAAGCAAAGUUAUUUGCAUGCGAGAAAUUGAAAUAAUUUUAUUGCAAACUCAAAGUUUAUCGAUAUUAAAAGCCAUUUAAUUAUUAAAGGCAGUUUAGUUUUAUAAAGAACACUUUAAUUUAAAACGUUUUGCGAAGCGUUUGUGGUUGAAUUUUACCUUAAAUUGAAACUUAUAUUACGUAUAAUAACAUACCUAACAUAUAUAUGUUGGGAUAUUGAUAAUUUUGUAAUUAAAAGUGAUAUUUUUAGGCGAUUUUUCAUUUCAAUUUGUACGAAUUGGAAUAUUCUUAAAAAAUUAUCGUGUUACCAUCACAACAACUUUAGAUACUUCAUGUUCGGAAAAUACAAUGGUUUUGUCAGCAAGGCGAGGGUUUCUGCAUGCAUGUAUUUUCUAGUUAUAGGUUAUAUUACAGCCUGAGCUAGUGGAUGCUCCAAAUACCGUAAAACUAAAAAAUAUAGAGUAGCGAAAUAGUUCGCUACAUUUUUUAAGCAGUAGCUGUAGUCAGUAGCGAACUACCUUUGUUCAAAAGUAGCAGUAGUUGUAGCUGACUACAUAUUUUUGAAGUAGCUGUAGUUAUAGCGAACUACAAAAAUUUUGUAGUCAACCCACCCUUGCAUACAGACAGACACAAAAUCGAGAUCUCGACAAUACAGAGAUCGCGCGACAGAUGGGCGACCAUAGCACGUCAAGACUAGUGUGCUGCUUCGCUCACGUUCGGCAGCAAAUAGAAUAGAACUUUAAUAUCUUGAAUGGGAGUUUACACGAUAGUAGACUGAAAAACUCAAGUUACAUAUUUGAAGAUAAUAAUUGAAACACUUAACAAACUAAUUAAUUACAACAAUCAAAAAAGAGGUUUUUAAAAAAAGUUAUUAAAUGUCAAAAUUUUAAAAAUGCAGUGUCAAUUGACAAUGGAAACGUUAUACUAGGUAAAAUGUUAUCAAUCCAUAGUUUAUAACAUUUUACCUUAGUAUAACAUUUCAAUAUGACACUGCAUUUUUGAAAUUUUGACCCCGAUAUAUAAGCAGUUUUUUUGUGACAAUGAUAUCUUGACAAAAUUAUUUAUUCGCAAACAGAAAGCAUUUCAAAUUUAAACUCUGGCCAAACCAGGAUGAGAAUUGACUAGAAUGGCCAAGCGAGGGUGUGCGUGAUUGUUUUCUCAACUGUCACGAGAACAGGAUUUACAUGGGAGUUCACUGCUUAGCAGUCGAAUCCAACCACCGCAAUGUUGAUGCAUGAGAAUGCACGAGAAUCGAUAAGAGUUCACUGUCAAACACGAGCGAUAGUUGCAAUUAUCGUCAAGUCUCAUCCUCGUUUGACCAGGUAUUUACCUUUAAAUUGGAGAUUUGUCGAGCUUCACGCGUAGGGGCGGAUCUGACCUCAUUAGUUAGAGAGCGUGGAGGUUUUCCUGAAUGGGGUGCAUUACUACGGGGUUCCGCACUUCCGGGAGCAUUCUCCCCCGGAAAAUCUUUGGAAUUUGAAGCCUUGAAAUUCUUAUGAUUCGUGAUGCAUAACUCGUAUGAUUCGUCAUGUAUAUGGGGUAUAUGGGGUAUACGCGGUAUACUGAUUGAUCCUCGCUAAAAUUAAUGCGCUUAAUCUAUAACACUGUCUACACCAACUUCUACGUUACAUGGUUACAGCGACCCGCCGUAUUGGUACUUGAAGAUUUUCUCGCGUACUCAAUAAUCAACUGUUUCAACAGAAUAAAUAGUAUUCACAAUUCAAAAAGCGGCAAAUCUAAACUUAAUGUGGAAUGCCAGAGUUUUGUUCAAGGGGUGCUGGACACCAGUACGAGGGAUGCGCAAUUCACACGCGUAUCACUUCGUACGCUUUUGAUCUGGCACGCCCCUGAUACGCCUUUGACGCGCGCAUCUUGUGCAAUGAUAUAUAUGGACUGUACUCUCUAAAUAGGGUUUAAUUUAGAACCUCGUCACUACCAGUAGUUUCUUGACUGAUGAAUGAGAACGAGGUAUUACUGUGUGCUAGCUUGCGAUAACUAUAUAAUUAUAGUGUCUUUCGUCCACUAAACCGUCACAACCAUGCAAUUCUCUUCUUUUGCAUGGCCAUCUAUGAUGUAUGUCAUCAUCGUGUCAUACAGACGUCCUUUGUUUGUUUUGAGUAUUUGACCCCGCACCUUACCGGUGCUUUAUUUUCCAGGACCAACUGAAUGAAAACGUCCUCAAACUUGAAGAAUUGCAGCAAACGUUUAAUAAGUAUCCUCAACGUAGACGUAAGAGAUUACCUGAUUUGUUUGAUGACCAUGCUCGUAGGUGAGUACAUUGUACGGUACAGCUGUGCAUGUAGGUUGUAGUAUACAUCUAUAUUGCUGGGGCCGGUUGUAUAAAACUCUUAACUACUUUUUAACUAUCCGUUUCGUAGUUAGAUAGUGGUUAACUUUAACAACGUAGUUAAGUCGGUUGUAUAAAAAUGUAGUUAGCGUUAACUGCAGUUAAAAAGUAGUUCAAGUUAUGCUCUAGGGUGAGUGAACAACAUUUUUCAGUGGGAAAAUAACGACCUGGGAUUUUCGCCAUCUUCCCUGUGAAUGUUUCCUGACCGAAUAUAAACUAUUCAAUUUUUUUGAAUUAGUAAUGCACAGAUUCGGUUUAUUUAUACAGAGGAAAACCUUAAACCGUUCUUAAAAGACAAAGAAGAAUGAAGAAUAGUUUACACAAUUUAUGAAGUGACAUUUUGUUAUAAAAACAAAGCUAUAUUUUCGUUAGUUAAAGAUAAACGAACUAUCGAUAAAAUUACCUUCACUUCGUCACUGUACAUGUACUAGUUUCUGCCACAACAGGAAUUGUUUACAUAUUUUUGAGAAUGGAUUCUAGCUCAACUAAUUUUUGAAAAUAUAUAUAUAUAUAUAUAUAUAUAUAUAUAUAUAUAUAUAUAUAUAUAUAUAUAUAUAUAUAUAUUGUCUUUUUGGACUUUUACGGUCAUUUUGUCGUUAAAAAAUAAUAAAACUUGCCCAGAGCCACCUCAAAACAUUCAUGCUAAAACGAAUGCCAUCAGACGUAAAAAAAUUCAAAUUUAGCCCGCAAAAUACGCCACAACUUGUAAUGGGAAUUUUAUUUUGUUUUCCAGUUCAAAGUUGGAAAGGCAAAUCCAUGAUGCUGAGAUAUUACUACAAAAGACAGUGGAAAUGUGGACAACCAGAUCAAACGAACGAGAACUGGCUUAUGAGAAAGAAAUGUUUCACUCUACUGACGGUAACCCUCUUUUGAUUCAGGU